ACACCCAGUUUCUGUUGUGACUCCGCAGCGUCAAUCGUUUACGGCAGCGGCGGAGCAGAAUUACCGUCGUUGACGGUGUCGGUCUGUGAGCUGAAACUUUGUAGUGUGUAUGUUUUCUGGUUGCUAUGGGUGGAGCUGAGAGAGUCGUCCUCAUUAUUUUCAUCCACGCUUACGUCCGGGACCAGAGUUCCGCAUUCCUGAGCUUCUCACUAGGUACUUAAACGAGCUGAUGCAACGACCUCCGUUCAGCCCUCUAAACACGCCAGUCUCUACACUCUCGCCGACAUAUUACUGAAUUAUUACCUCUGCACGUUUUGGACGCACAACAGCGUCCAAAAACGGUUCAUCAUUGAUAAAAGACAACUGACGGGUUUCCUCUGACGGCGGCAGAGGUCGGGCUGGUCAUGAUGCCGGGACAGAUACCGGACACUUUGCUAGCGGCGGGCUCACUACCCAGCCUGGGCCCACUGGCGGGCAUUUCAGCCACGACGCUCACCGAUCAGUUGAAGCUGGCGGACUUCCACCAGUUCAGUACCGUAAUAUCCCCGCUGCACUUCCUGGGACGGCUAGGGAAGAGGCCGCUGGCCAUCAAAACGGAGAUGGAUGAAGAUGAAGAAAGAAGGAAACGAAGACGGGAGAAAAACAAAGUCGCAGCAGCAAGAUGCCGAAACAAAAAGAAGGAACGUACCGACUUCCUCCAAAGGGAGUCCGAGCGUCUGGAAAUGGUGAACUCUGAGCUGAAGGCCCAGAUCGAGGAACUCCGUCUGGAGCGGCAGCAGCUGAUGGUGAUGCUCAACCUCCACCGGCCCACCUGCAUAGUGCGGACCGACAGCAUCAAAACACCAGAGAGUGAGGCCAACCCGCUGUUGGAGCAGCUGUCCACCGAAGCCAAGUGAAAACCAGGAAACUUUGGACUUAAAAGUCCCCGGAGCCUGAACUAGAACAUUUAUGGAUGCCAUUUAACGACUACAUAACGGGCAGUGCCGUUCGGAACAAGCACUUUUGCCCAAAGACCAGAGGCUGUGGUGCUUCUCAUCGCUACAAGAGCUGGCUCUGUUCAGUGGAAGACCGGAAACAGCCGGUCGAGUGUUGUUGAAAGCCGCUGUGCCUGCCUAGUUGUUACUUCAGCCAUCUCUACGGGAAGGGACCAGCGGAGGUUCAGCAGGAGGAAACAUGCCUACAGCAUCCUGGUGCUCUGUUACCAAAGUCCUGAGGUGAUGUCUUAGGGAUGCGUCGAUGCAGAGGCUAAAAAGAGACUCGGGUGUUCUGAAGUUUUUUGUAUGCUAGUAUAAAUCCAGGUGUGGAGUUUUUAGGUUACAAUACUCGAUACAAGUCCACCAGGUGGAAUCGAGCUCCUGCCUCGACCCAAGCAGUUACUGGUUGAUCCCAUUAGUGGUGACGCUGGCGUCAUCAAAAGCACAUAAUCACAAAACGUUUACACCCUUGUUUUUGUUUAUACUACUUGUUUAUUUUUCAUUAUUGUGCUUGUUUUAUACCGCUUAAUACAUAAACGGAUGAAAUGCUUGUUAAUCACUUGAUGUGAUCGGUCUUUUGGCAGUAUUUGAGUCUGUCCUGCACCCGUGUUUAUGUAUGAACUCGCAUAUCCUGAACAGAUUAAAUUUUAUUUUCUAUCUAAAAGGUUAAGAAGAAGUCUUUUGCAUUUUCUGUCACGGUACCAGAAAUAUUAAAUGACAGAAAUUGUGCAAUCCUGUUUUCUUCCACAAAGACAUGUUGCCAGAAUCAGGGCAUUACUUUCAUUUGCACAACUCUUAAAGGGUCAGAUGUGCUUUUAUUUCCUCUCCCUCUUGAUUACGGCAGCUUCCCCUUUUUAGAACUCGUCAGUUCUCAUCAGGCUUUUGAGAUGUCCUUUUUUAUGUCUUUCUUUAAAUUUUUAAAAAACAUAUCAAACGAUCACAUUUUUCUUAACUUGAAGAUGAUGCAGCCCAUCCCUCUGCAUCGUCCUAACGAUGCUCCGUGCAUUUGUCCUGAUGAGACCGCGUGCACGUUUCUGUUGGUGAAUCCUUUCUGCAACACAUAAAUCCUUAAACAAAAACGUCCUGACAGUGCAAACAGAAAAACAAUAAAGCCGUACUGAGCUGUUCAAAA